AUGUCCGAUAUCACUGAGGGAAUCCGCACUCGCCGAGACAAUAAGUUCAAACACCCGGGCUUGCCAGACCUGCCAGUGCAAGGACGAGUUCCGCGACGUAGCAAGGCCCAGAAAGCAGAGGACGACAAAAUCCUUGAGGAAGCCCACCAAGCUCAAGAGCGGGCUGCAGUCGAGGGGCUGCAGCGGCUUGCUGCAAUGCAGAUGGAGAUGGAGGAGGCAGAGGAACAAGGCGUGGUGACUAAACCAAAGCCAGUCAAACCCUGUGCUCGCCCUGUCAAGAAAAAAGUAGUGCCUGCCAAACCAGCUGGUACCGGCGUCGAGGACCAAGAAGAAAGCAGCCAGGACACCAACAUUGAGGACGGAACAAAGAAGAAGAACCAGAGGGCCGUCAAAACGUCUCUGAAGGACGCAAUCAACAAUGCACGAGGCUCACUCACAGGAAAGGUUGAGUUAAUUCAGGGGCCACGUGUUGGCGACAAGAAAGGAAAGUCUUCUACAGCGACGACCAACUCCAAGUUUUCAUUGAUAAAGCGCGUUGAUGGUUGGAUUUCUGAUAUUUCACCAGACACAACCGAACUACUCAAAACUUCCAGCGCUUCUAAGACUCGUACCACUGCCUCAGCUUUGUCAUUGGCGCAUGGGCCACCAAGCAGUGCUUUAUCCAGUUCCUGCGCUACAUCAGUUUUGGCCAUAACUACCAAGUCCUCCAAAUCUAAGGCCCCCCCUGCUCUAGCUAAUGCAUCUGAUGCUCCCAAGGCUCUUGUUGGCCGCUUUGAUGACGAGUCGGAUGAUUCUCAGGAACGUUUGGAUGCCUUCAUUCAAAAGACGAAGGGGAAGCAGUCUUCACUUAGGAUUACCUCAGAUGCAAUGCCUGAGGAUGCGCUGUCUUCAACAGAGGACUUACAGGAUAUUGAUAUCGACGCACCGAUGGACCUGGACGAUGCAUUGGUGGACCUGGAGGACAAUUUGUUUGAGGGCAAAGAUGCCAGGAUGUCCAAGGCGGUGGACAGUGACAGCAGCCUAAGCGAUGGAAUCUUGUUCCAUCGGAGUAAGAAGCGCAAGCUUGCAGACACCAAAUCCUCCACCCUUGUCUUGGAGAGUACCCCCUACGAGGAUACAUCAGAUGUUGAGGUUAUUGAUGUCCCUUCAGGCCCUGUCGCAAUGGCCAAUACAACGAAGACGGCUGUGCGUUUGACCUCUUCGACUGCCAUUGCCGUCUCCCAGUCGGCCACCACAAAGAUGCAACCACCUGCAAAGAAGGUGAAAAUUGAAGAGGACAUUGAUGCCAGCACCGCGCAACUAACGCUCACAGCCCCACCUGGCUAUUGGAUCGAGAAGCAAUACAAGACGUGCUCGAGCUACCAAAACUAUCAUCUCCCUCCUCAUUGCCAAGAUCAACGGUGGCCGAAGCAGUUCCUCCCAACACUUUACCUGUGGGCCGGGAGUAAAAAUGACCUCUGGCAAUUCUUAGACGCUCCUCUGGUCGAGGCACUCCAAUCCAUUUAUGAUGUCGUGUAUUCAGAAGAAUCAGAUCUUGAUUACAAGGUGACCGCUCAAGGGUCUGUCUUUGGCAUUGACUUCGCUUUCAUUUAUGAGGACAUGGAAAACCUAGACCCGAUGCAAGCCUUCCGGUCUCCAUUCAUGUUGCAGCUCUUCGCAACUGCUCAUCUUCACGCCAUUCUCGGGCAUGUUGAAGUCCCCGCACUUAAAACAUAUGUGCUGUCUGUCGUCGGGAUGACUGGUGUUAUUGGCAUUUGUGCAGCUUCACUCGAGCGCGCCAUCAAACGUCUCCGUGUCAAUGCCAUUGACAUUGAUGUGGACACCCUAGAUCUGGGUCCUGCACAAAUGAAGCGCAAGCUGCGGACACCGAAGACCUUCAACAAGGCCACCGGCAAGGAUAGCACUACCGAGAAUGCCUUCUCCAUCAACAACUGGGGAUCAGUAACUGCAUCAUAUGUGGUUGCUAUCAAGGCGAAAGGAGACGACUACAUGAGGACCACAACAUUAACAGCUCGGAAAUUGCUGAAGAAAUCGGGCAGUGUCGGCCUCCAGAAGUACUUUCGCACUGAUGAUGACGGCUCAGAGGCCGUUGACAUCCGCGCCAUCCUGUGGUAA